ACCACCUCCUCCUCCCCCUCCGGCGUCAGGACUCGCCAAGCUGGCACCAACAAUCCAAAUUCCGCACCCUGAUUUGGAAGCAGAAUGCCACCUGCUUAAGCUCAACCUAACUUGCAAUCUAUUCUAAAAUUUCCCCCUUUUCAGAUCCUUCAAUUUCGUCAAACAAGUUUAUAUUUGUUGAUUUUGGCUUCUUUCAGUGAUUAUCGAUUUGGUAGAGAUUUCAUCUCGUUCUCCGCCUUGAUCCCUUUGGAUUAGUUGGUGUGUUUGGGGGCAUGGCGGAUAUCGUGAAGCAGAUCUUAGCGAGGCCGAUUCAAUUGGCUGAUCAGGUCACCAAAGCCGCCGACGAGGCCCAUUCCUUUAAGCAGGAGUGCGCUGAGCUUAAAUCCAAGACCGAGAAGCUCGCCACACUCCUCCGUCAAGCUGCUCGUGCCAGUUCCGACCUCUACGAGCGUCCCACUCGCCGCAUCAUCGAUGACACUGAGCAAGUCCUCGACAAAGCCGUCGUCCUUGUCACCAAGUGCCGUGCUAAUGGGCUCAUGAAGCGCGUCUUCACCAUUAUUCCCGCUGCUGCCUUCAAGAAAAUGUCCUCUCAGCUCGAAAAUUCCAUUGGCGAUGUAUCUUGGCUCCUCCGCGUCUCCGCUUCCGCAGAUGACCGUGACGACGAGUAUCUCGGUCUUCCUCCCAUCGCCGCUAACGAGCCCAUCCUCUGCCUUAUCUGGGAACAGAUCGCUACCCUCUAUACGGGAUCUCAUGACGAUAGAUCCGACGCGGCUGCCUCUCUCGUAUCGCUCGCCCGGGACAACGAUAGAUACGGUAAGCUCAUAAUCGAGGAAGGUGGAGUUGUGCCCCUUCUGAAAUUGGCUAAAGAAGGCAAAUCGGAAGGUCAAGAGAAUGCUGCCCGGGCAAUUGGUCUUCUUGGUCGUGACCCUGAGAGCGUCGAACAUAUGAUCCAUGCCGGCGUCUGCUCAGUGUUUGCGAAAAUCCUCAAAGAAGGUCCCAUGAAGGUUCAGGCUGUGGUGGCUUGGGCUGUAUCUGAACUCGCUGCCCAUCACCCCAAGUGCCAAGAUCAUUUUGCCCAGAACAAUAUAAUUCGGCUACUCGUUAGCCAUCUCGCUUUCGAGACCGUUCAGGAGCAUAGUAAGUAUGCAAUUGCCAGUAAACAAACCAUGUCGAUUCAUUCAGUUGUAAUGGCGAGUAAUAAUCCCAACCAGAACCCCAACAACAAAAACUACAACAGCAACGGCAACGAAGACGAAAGUCAAAUUCCUCAUCCAAUGGGGAAACGCAACCCAAGCCAGAUGCAUAACGUGGUUACAAACACCAUUGCUGCAAAAUCCCAAUCCAAGCCACAUAACAAUGCCGAUCAGGCCAAUCACGGCAACAUGAAGCAGAAUCAUCAUUACCAGCAGCAGCAGCAGCAGCAAAACAUGCCUCUGUCGGGAACUAGCAUUAAAGGGAGGGAAUUCGAAGACCCAGCCACCAAGGCCAGCAUGAAAGCAAUGGCUUCAAGAGCCCUUUGGCAUCUUGCCAAGGGCAACUCAGAAAUAUGCCGAAGUAUCACAGAGUCGAGAGCACUUCUAUGCUUUGCAGUCCUCCUUGAGAAAGGCCCGGAGGAGGUACAAUUCAAUUCUGCUAUGGCACUGAUGGAGAUUACUGCGGUUGCCGAGCAAGACACAGAGCUGAGGCGGUCUGCAUUCAAGCCCAAUUCCCCUGCUGCCAAGGCUGUGGUUGACCAGCUACUGCGGAUCAUCGAGAAGGCUGAUUCAGAACUUCUGGUUCCCUGCAUUAAGGCCAUGGGAAACUUAGCAAGGACAUUUAGAGCAACAGAAACGCGAAUUAUUGGGCCACUGGUGCGGUUGCUCGAUGAGAGAGAAGGGGAGGUUUCUAGGGAGGCCGCAAUUGCCCUCACGAAGUUCGCAUGCAUCGAGAAUUACCUCCAUCUUGAUCACUCCAAGGCCAUAAUAAAUGCCGGAGGGGCAAAGCAUCUAAUCCAGCUCGUGUACUUCGGUGAGCAGAUUGUUCAAAUCCCAGCAUUGAUCCUAUUAUGCUAUAUCGCAUUGCACGUCCCCGACAGCGAGGAGCUUGCACAAGCCGAGGUUCUCACGGUGCUGGAAUGGACAUCAAAACAGAGUUAUAUGAUCCAAGAUUCCACCAUCGACUCAUUGUUACCCGAUGCCAAAGGUAGGUUGGAGCUCUAUCAAUCCAGAGGUUCAAGAGGAUUCCAUUGAUUCAAUGUGCACAAAUGUUUUCAAAACAAGAUUAAAUUUGUAUCCCCCCCCCCCUUUUUUUUUUUGGUUCUUCACAUUAUGUAGUGUAUAUAUUGAUAGGUAGUCUUUUCUUGAAUUUGUGAAAAAAGACUUCCCAUAAACCUACAGAAAACCAUUGUUUUACUAUGUAGUGUGUGAACUUAGAGUUGAUACUUGUUUUGCGUCUGGCUUUUGGAGAGUUGGGUUUGUGUGGUUACAGCACAGGACCUAUUCUGUCGGUUCUUGGUUUUGGAUGAAAUGUGAAGGGCCUCUCUCUGGUCCCUGCUGCUAGUGUUGUGCAGUAUUUUAUUUA